AUGUCGCACUUAGCAACAUCUCCAAGUUUCUUUCUUAACGAUUCACGAAAUGGGACCACAACGACAAACACUACACCGACUCCGUUUCAAGCUGAUCCUACUCUUGGACUGUUGGUAGAGGUUGUGGUUAUUGUCUUGAUUUGCGGACAUCUCCUUAUCAUCACAACACUGUAUCGAUACAGACCGUGGAACAUAGCAGACCUACUGUUAUUUUCGCUGUCAAUGGCCGAUGUCAUAAACGCCGCUAUUCCAUUGCAGAUGGUAAACAUUAUGAACAACUUUAUUGGCCCGCAUCUUUGGACUCGAGCAUCGUGCGCCGUGUUUGUAAUACUCACUUAUGCAUUCCGUAUUGCCUCGGUGUGCACGAUAACUCUGAUAUCGGGUGAUAGGGCCAUUCUAUUGACGCGGCCACUACAACACCAUAUCAUUGUCACAACUGGAAGGGCUAGGAAGGCUGUCAUUGCUAUCUGGUUGUUUUCUUUGUUCAUGGCGAUUUUGCCAUUUAUUGGAGUAGGGGUGCCGGGCUAUCGAGAUGGAUACUGCUUUUAUCAGUUGUUUGAUUUUGGACUGGUAUACGGUUAUAUCAUCGAGAGUGUCGGUAUACUUCAGCUAAUUGUUGUUUUGAUUUGCUUCAUUGCAAUCAAAGUUACAAGUGGCAAAUUUGUCAAACGACAGAGCACCAUGGCCGCUGCCAAGCAAACUGGCGCCAAAACUCAUCAGGCGCGGGAAACUGCGGGCACUCGACAAGUAAAGCAAAUGUCAGCUAUGAUGGCGAUUGUAGUAGUGUUGUAUUACAUCAGUUGGCUGCCUUAUUUGGUAAGUAGUGCGUGCACUGCGUGUUUGUAUGUGUGUAAGGUCGAGUAAGUGUACUUUCAUUUUGACUGAAUCAAGUGGCCAGAUUCUAAUAUGAACAAAAGAUAAUACUAAGAAAUUUAAAGCUACAGGUAUUUCAACACUAGCUUCAAUAAUUAAUUAAAAUGUACUCCCGAAAUAUAUUCUCCUUGUUGAUCUGUACGUUAUCUUGGUAUGGAUUUAGUCCAAGUCUUUAGGCCAGCCAUUGUAGUGGAUCUGUCAGAAUACACCCAUAACAUGGAGAAUCUAUAGCUAUUAGCUGUGUCAACUAAUAAAGUUUAUUUUUAUUAUCUAAACAUUUCGGGAGAAAACUAUUUCUUGGCUUGUUAUUAUCGAGUUGGCGAAGGUUCCUUUCAAUAUAAAAAACAAUCAAAACUCCUAAAAAGGAUCCACAAGAUGAUAUUAUUUAUGGGCGGAUUUUCGUUGCAUCGAAUAGGUGACACAUAACAAUGUAAGUAGUGUUUUCUUCAAUCCCCGUUAAUCCUUCGAGACGUGAUUUUCAUCAUUAAAAUUAUCUUAAGUUUAAAAGAAGCUAAGGGAUUUUUAAGGAAAAACAAAGCUUCAAUUGUUCAAAAGUGUCCCAACAUUUCCAGCUUACUCGGUAUUUCUGUCAUCUAAUUGCUCAAGUUAGGAUAAGUUAUUUACGUGGUAAAAUUUUGCAUAAAAUAUUUCAAGUUACCGAUUAUUCAGAGGACAAAUAUUUACAUUUUUCUGAAGCGUGGUCAACCUUGUACAAUCAGGCCGAAUACUUUUAAUUCCGGGAGUUUCCUAUAUCUCAGAUCAAUAAGAUUCAGCUUUCUCAUGUUCCUUUUAUUUAUUUCUUAUUUAUAAAUUAAGGGUUUCCAUUUCAGUUGAAGCCUAAAAAAGUAGUUCGAGAGAACAACACAAAGAUCAAGCAGGUCUUUACUUCUUUGUCUUUCUCUAAAGCCGACAAUAUGAACUUUAAUUUGUACAACCUUUACAGUUGACAGACGAACGCCUUUGUCGGCAUUUCAACGCUUUCAUUAAGUUGAUCUGGCGUAACCCGCAAAACAUGUUCCCACUCUAAAACCGAGUUUGCCACAACGUGUUGGUGGUGUAGUUUUUCUUUUCUUUUCUCAAAUCAACAACUUAGAAGAUUUUUUGCUUUCAGCGCUAUUCAAAAAAGGUCCAAAGAUUUCUCGAGAUGCGCACAAUCGGGUCGCAAUGAAUUGAUACUUCGCCAAGCCAGAGUGUUCUUUAACCAGGCUCAUUUCCGAUAUUCUCACCCCUCAAAGUUAUCGAACGAAAAAUAAUCUUGUACAGUGUAAUAAACAGCACUAUACCAAAAAACUGGUCAUUUACGUUAACCCGAGAGGUCAUAGUCUUAUGAAACCUCUGUAACCUCAGCUUUUUUCGUUUAGUUUUGUCAAUUUAUUUUUGUUUCCUACACUAUGUGUGAGAUCGUAAAAAGGAUGUUUGCGCAAAUUAAUACUAGAAACAUACGUUGGCUAUUUCAUGCCGUUUUUUCUUGUUGAUUUUUAGUUGAUAAACCUCUACAGUAUGGUUACGGGACAAAUUAAUCACUCGCUGGUUGUCAUCAUCGGUAUGUUCUCCCUUGUGAACGCUCUCAUUAAUCCAGUUUUGUACGGUAAGAUGAGUCAAAGAUACAGAAAAGGGUACAUUUACAUCUUCAAGAAAAUUUUGUCAGUUUGUGGAGCAGAGCAGCCUGAUGGCUCUUUCUUUGGUAAGUAA